AAGGAAGCCUUCUUUCUAGUUUCUACAAGUCAAGAACUAGAGAGAGAGAGAAGGGAAUAAUACUACUUGUACUGAAAAAACCAUAGGAUGCAGUACUGAAGCUUUCCCUAGCUCCUAGCCAAAUCUUCCUCAAGAUCUUGUCUAUAUAUAGAUAUAGUCCACUCCCUUUCUAGAUCACAUUAAGCUUCCGAUUCAAGUCUCGAGCUCUCGGUCCUUUUUGGUUGAUGGCAAUCUGUUCCAGUUCAGAGAUCAUAAAGCAAAUAAUGGAGAAGUUCUGUGGGAAGAGUAAAAAGAAGCAAGGUGGUCCCCAGGUAGUUGAGAGCAAGAAGAUCAAAGGUACAGUUGUGUUAAUGAAGAAAAACGUGUUGGACUUCCAUGAUGUUAAAGCUUCAUUGCUUGAUCGGAUUCACGAGUUGUUUGGCAAGGGCGUCUCCCUACAGCUCAUCAGUUCCAUUCAUCCCGACCCAGCGAAUGGAUUGAGAGGGAAGCAUGGCAAGGCGGCCUACUUGGAGAAAUGGAUCACAACAAUUACUCCAUUAACAGCAGGAGAAACUGCAUUCACUGUUACAUUUGACUGGGACGAGUCCAUGGGUGUUCCUGGGGCUUUAAUCGUCAAAAACCACCACCACAGCCAGUUUUACCUUAAGACGAUCACCUUGGAAGAUGUUCGUGGGCACGGUCGUGUGCAUUUCGUCUGCAAUUCUUGGGUUUACCCUGCACAUCGUUACAAAUACCACCGCGUCUUCUUCUCAAACAAGACCUACCUUCCAUGUCAAACACCUGAGCUGUUAAGGAAGUACAGGGAAGAAGAGCUAGUAAAUCUGCGAGGAAAUGGAUCAGGGGAGCUCAAGGAGUGGGACAGAGUUUAUGACUAUGCUUACUAUAAUGAUUUGGGAAGUCCAGACAAAGGACCAGACUAUGUACGCCCUGUUCUUGGUGGAUCAAAGGAUUAUCCCUAUCCCAGAAGAGGAAGAACUGGUCGAAAACCAACAAAAACUGAUCCCAAUUAUGAGAGCAGAUUGCCACUGCUAAGCCUUGACAUUUAUGUUCCAAGAGAUGAGCGGUUUGGCCACGUGAAAUUCUCAGAUUUUCUAGCCUAUGCUCUCAAGUCCCUUGUUCAGAUAUUGCUCCCAGAGCUUAAAUCUCUCUGUGACAAAACCAUUAACGAGUUUGACACCUUUGAAGAUGUACUUAAUCUCUAUGAGGGGGGUGUCAAGCUGCCCAAUGGACCUACACUGAGUAAAAUAAGGGAGCGCAUUCCUUGGGAGCUUUUGAGGGAACUCGUACGUAAUGACGGUGAGCGAUUCCUCAAAUUCCCAAUUCCCGACGUGAUCAAAGAGGACAGGUCUGCUUGGAGGACAGAUGAAGAGUUUGGACGAGAAAUGCUCGCUGGAGUGAACCCUGUCAUCAUCAGCCGCCUCCAGGAAUUUCCCCCAACCAGCGAGCUGGACCCUAAAAUGUUUGGGAAUCAGAACAGUACAAUAAGAGAAGAAGACAUAGAGAAGAACCUCAAUGGGCUCACUGUAGAUCAAGCAAUAAAAAACAACAGGCUGUUUAUAUUAGAUCAUCAUGAUGCAUUGAUGCCAUACCUGACGAAAAUAAACUCAACGACCACAAAGACCUAUGCCACGAGAACGCUCCUUUUACUUCAAGAUGAUGGGACCUUGAAGCCACUGGCAAUUGAGUUAAGCUUGCCACAUUCACAAGGGGAGAAUCACGGUGCAGUUAGCAAAGUUUUCACUCCUGCAGAAGAAGGUGUUGAAGGUACGGUGUGGCAGCUCGCCAAAGCCUACGCAGCUGUAAAUGAUUCUGGCUACCAUCAGCUUAUUAGCCACUGGUUGAAUACCCAUGCCAUCAUAGAGCCUUUCGUGAUUGCGACAAACAGACAGCUGAGUGUGCUUCACCCGAUUCACAAGCUUUUGCAACCCCAUUUCCGAGACACAAUGAACAUAAAUGCCUUGGCACGGCAGAUCCUCAUCAAUGCUGGUGGCGUGGUUGAGAGGACAGUCUUCCCGGCUAAAUACGCCCUGGAAAUGUCCGCUGUUUUAUACAAGGACUGGGUGUUCACUAAACAGGCAUUACCUGCUGAUCUGCUCAAGAGAGGAAUUGCAGUUCCAGACUCAAGCUGCCCACAUGGCCUGAGACUUCUUAUAGAGGAUUAUCCCUUCGCUGUUGAUGGGCUGGAGAUCUGGUCAGCAAUUGAGAAUUGGGUGAGUGAAUAUUGCUCUUUCUACUACCCAACAGAUGAAAUGGUCCAAGAAGAUUCUGAACUCCAAUUAUGGUGGAUGGAGAUCCGUAAUGAGGGUCAUGGUGACAAGAAAGAUGAGCCAUGGUGGCCUGAGAUUCAGACACGGGCGGAGCUUGUCCACUCCUGCACCAUAAUUAUAUGGGUGGCUUCGGCCCUCCAUGCUGCUGUCAAUUUCGGGCAAUACCCUUAUGCUGGCUACCUCCCUAAUCGCCCAACGGUAAGCCGCCGCUUCAUGCCUGAGCCAGGCACACCUGAGUAUACCGAGCUUCAGUCAAACCCUGACGUAGCCUACCUGAAAACAAUAACAGCCCAGUUCCAAACCCUCCUGGGUGUAUCACUGAUAGAAAUUCUGUCCCGGCAUUCAUCUGAUGAGAUUUAUCUUGGGCAGAGAGAUACUCCUGAGUGGACUUCGGAUGCCGAACCACUGGCAGCAUUAGAGAGUUUUCGAAACAAGCUGAUGGAAAUCGAAAACAGGAUUAUAGAAAUGAACAAUGACAGUAGAUGGAAGAAUAGGGUUGGGCCAGUCAAGGUACCUUACACCUUGCUCUAUCCUAAUACCUCAGAUUACUCUAGAGAAGGCGGCCUCACUGGCAAGGGAAUUCCCAACAGCAUCUCAAUCUAGAAAUCUUUUGGUUUGAAAGUAAAAAUGGCUAUUUUUGAAGCGUUUACUUUCUAGUAAGUUGUGUUAAAGUAAGAGAUUGUCGGAAAUGUUUCUGUAUCCUCAAUUCUCUCUCUCUCUCUCUCUCUCUCUUCAUCUAGCAUUAAUGCAGUCAAGUAGUUGUGCAUUGUGUUAACAUUUAACAAUGUCGUGAUUGUAUUGUGUGGAAUAUAUGUGCAGAUUUGCAGAAA